GGUGGGUCCAUGUUGUGAUGUGAAUACAGGUUUGAAGUGCAGGGAACAAGUGUGCAGGGUUCACACGGACUUUGAAAGCUGCUAACACUCACAGAUUUCACCUGAUCUCCAGAGCAUUUGGGAGUUCGAUAAGGGCUAAACGAUGGCCAACUUUGGAGGACACGCCCUUCCUGGUACCUUCUUCCUGUUUUAUGGCUUUUGGCUGACAGUGAAACAUACUCUCCAACAAAACUGGAGGAUGAGUCAGCCCAACAAAAGACAGGGCAUGCCACCUUUAUUUAAAAAAUUGGACUACAUCGAAGGAGGAUUCAAAAUAUUUGCCUCGUUUGUGGGUAUUAUGGUGGAACAGUUUGUGAUGGAUGGGCCACACGCCCACCUGUACGACAGAGACAACCAAUCCUGGGUGAAGCUGAUGAACUGGCAGCACAGCACCAUGUAUCUGUUCUUUGGGAUCUCAGGGAUAGCAUUGAUCACCAGCAUCAAAUCCAAACAGGUGCCACCUGGCAUUGACCGCCUUGCUCUCUCCAUCGCUCUUUUUGUGGAAGGCUUUCUGGUCUAUUCCACAUGCGUGAAAAGUCCCCACCUUCUGGACGCCCACAUCCACUCGCUGCUGCUCGUGGCUGUGUUUGCUGGAGCAGCUAGCACCAUGUUGGAGGUGUUCAUAGACAACUUUGUUCUGGAGCUGCUCAGGGGGUGUCUUUUCAUCCUGCAGGGCUCAUGGUUCUUCCAGAUUGGAUUUGUUCUGUACCCUUCAAACGGAGACGAGUGGGACUUGACACUGCAAAACAACGCCAUGUUUUUCACAAUGUGCUUCUGCUGGCACUUAGCUGUCGCCCUUCUUCUGGUCGCCUGCACAGCGUGUGUGGUUUCUUGCACAGUGAGGACAUUCUCCGGAAAGGGACAGGAUAUAGAAAUUGGAGUGAGAAACAAAUCCUCAAGUGCAAGUUGCCAGAAAGCUUUGCUUGAAGAGUCUGAUGGAGAGUGAAGGCUGUCAAGAUUUUCAAUCUAUGUUUGUCUGUGUGUGUUUGUGUGUCUGUGUAGCAGUGUUAAUUUUGGCAGCUAUUUUUGAUUUAGUCUAAAUCUUAGUCCUUAGAAGAAAAUGCAUAUCAGUUUUAGUCACAUUUAGUCAUUUUUAUCCUUCUUAGUUUUAGUUUAGUUUUUGUCACAUUUAAUAGCCACAUUAAACUCUAGCUUGCAGUACUUAGGUUGUCCAUUAGAUAUCCCUCUUAGCAUAGGUCUAUAGCAGGGGUCGGCAACCUUUACUAUCAAAAGAGCCAUUUUGCCCCCUCUUCCCCAAAAUAAAAUUUGUCUGGAGCCGCAAAACAUAUUUGAUAACAAAGCUAAUACAUUUUUAUAUAAAGUUAAACUAUACUAAAAGUUAAACUAUACUAAACCUUCUUGGAAAUAAAUCAAACACAGCUAUUUGAGUCCUCCCUAUAUUAGUGAGAAAUGUAUGAAAUAAGAAGUACCUAUCUGGGAGCACACACAGACACACACACACACACUCGUCCGCUCCUGUUACUUCAUGAGGGCCUGAUACGAUGAUGUUUUAAAAAAUUAUUGUGACUUAGUCAACCACCAACAUUUCCGUCUCGUCUCGUCAACGAGAGUUAAAAUUGAUUUAGUGAUAGUUUUUAUUGUCAAAGAUCGGUUUACGUUACGUCUUCGUCUCGUCUCAGUCAUGGGAAAAAGGUCGUUAACGAAAUUAGCACUGCUGUGUAGAUAGCAAUAUAACUGAGUAUUAAACAAAUGCAGUGUGUUAGACGGGGGUGGGGGCAGGAGCCGUUUGGGCUGAAUAUGUGGCUUGGUGUUAAUCUUGAAGCUGGUUAAAAUGUGUGUGCGUCACAUCGCUGUUCAAUCUUGCACCUGCCUGUUAUGGGAACUUUGAAUUUGUGACAUUCAAUUCAUUGUACUUCAACUUGUUCUCAUGGCCAAGGUUGUGCAUGAGUGCCCAUAGCUAUGCUGUUAAAUUUCCAUUGCUUCUUAAUAAAUACUUAAUUGAACCAAA